AGGCCUUUACUCAGUAAAGGGCGACAAAAUGGAGGAGACGUUUGAGAAGGAGAGCCUGCCGGUGGAAGAGAAAGCUCCGGACGAGGACCAAGGUGGGAUUGGCCGGCGUUUGAGGGACCGAGACCUGCUGAGGAAGAGGAAGGCGGAAGCUGAGGAGAAGGCAACUAACCAGUGGGUUUAUGGGGCUCAGAGCAGGAAGCGAGUGAGGAAGGAGCCCAGCAGCACUGCAGGGAAGAAAGGCCGGCCGAGGAAAAAUGCCGUCCCCGUAGAACCGCAACCAGAACCGGAACCUGAGCCGGAACCGGUCGUGCUCCAAACCUCCGAGCAGCCGGAGAUCCUCAGGACGCCGGAGGAAGUACCUGCAGUCCAGAUUCCUCUACUAGAUCCAGUUCCUGCUCCAGCUCCGGUUCUUCAGUUGAUACCCCUCCCUGAACCGGUCCCAGUUACGCCCCCAAAACCAGCCGAACCCCUGAUCAUCCCGGUUCCGGAGGAAGUGCCCAGUGAUAGCGGUGCCGGCAUUCUAAUCGAGGAUUUGGGUCCUGAUGAGGAUGAAGAUAAACCAGUAUCUCAGGAGAGGCUCAUCAUUGAUCAAGGUGCUGUUGAGGAACCAGCAGCUGCUCUUCCUGAACAAACCAAAAUAUUCUCAGAGCCAGUGUUAGCCACGCCCAUCGCCCCGCCCACCGUCCCGACCCAGCAAGAUUACCUGCCUGGAAACCUGCUGUAGACGAGCAUCGCUAUCAUCAUCCUCAUCAGCAGCAGAGCAGCAUCAAACCAAGCUUUUAUUUCACUGGUCAACCUUUUAAUUUGUGUACGAAAGACGAACAGCGGCGCUUAUCCAGGAGCUUCUAUCUGUGAUCUCAAUCAAGAACAAAUGUAUAUUUAUUCAUCUGCUGUUUUUGUCAAUUGCAGUGUGACAAAUUGUGUUUUAUUGAGCCCGAAAUUCUUUUCCACAGAAUUAAUAAUUUUAAAUAAAAGUUAAACGUUGAAUUUUGUA